AUGCGAGGACUGUACCAACACCUCAAAAGAUCAGUGGGCCUUAGCGGGAGAGAAGCGAGGGGACAGCAGUUCGUCGCGGAUGAGAACGGCGUGUUGCUCCGAAACAAGGACGACAUCCUCCAGCGGUGGGCGAGAUUCUUCAGCACCCUACUCAAUACCAAAUUCCCCAGCAUGAACCCAGACAUCAUCGAACGAGUGACGCAGCGGCCAGCGACAGUGACACUCAACGGUUGGGCGAUGUGCCAGAACUCGAGGAGGUCGAACGGGCAACGAAAGGCCUCAAGAACUGGAAGGCACCCGGCCGUGACUCCCUCCCUCCCGAGUUUCGAUGACAACGAACCCUUCGUCCUGGGACACCUCCAUACCAUCCUCGUCAAGGUGUGGAACGGAGGAGAUAUUCCGCGAAAGUGGAAGGAUGCAACCAUCAAGGUGGGUGACCGAUCCAACUGUAACAACUACAGGGGGAUUUCGCUACUAUCUCACUUAGGCANCGUGACUCCCUCCCUCCCGAGUUUCGAUGACAACGAACCCUUCGUCCUGGGACACCUCCAUACCAUCCUCGUCAAGGUGUGGAACGGAGGAGAUAUUCCGCGAAAGUGGAAGGAUGCAACCAUCAAGGUGGGUGACCGAUCCAACUGUAACAACUACAGGGGGAUUUCGCUACUAUCUCACUUAGGCAAGGCCCCCAUCAAGAUCAUUACCAACCGUCUAAGCGCCUUCUGCGAAGCCAACAACAUCCUUCCGGAGGAACAGUGCGGAUUUCAACCCGGGUGAUCCACCGACGACACGCUGUUCGUCGUGCGCCGCCUCCAGGAGCUGGGGCGGAGAAACAAACUACCGCUCUACAUGUGCUUCGUCGACUUGAAGGCGCAUGAUUCGGUGGACCGAGAGAUGCUAUGGAAAGUGUUGGCUAGGGCCGGGAUUCCCGCGAAGCUGAUCGAAGUCGUCCGCCAAUUCCACGAUGGAAUACGGGCCCGGGUGCGCAUGGGCGACGGAGAACUAUCGGACUGGUUCUUCGUGACACAGGGCGUGUGACAAGGCUUCGUGCUAUCCCCACUGCUGUUCAACAUCUUCUCCGCCCAGGUCCUCGAGGUCAAUGUCAUCCGAUUCAACGAGGAUGAUGUUGUUCUGCGGAGCCUGGUGUGCUUGGAGGAGGGGAAGACGGAAGCGGGGGGGGGGGAAGAGACACCCCUUGACCGAGUACGGAGGGCAGUAUGGGGGAUGCUGUAUGCCGAUGAUGCCGGCGUCGUAUCGAGGUCUGCAGAAGGACUGGCGAGAAUGAUGAACAUCAUCGUUGAGGUGUUCGGGGAGUUCGGGCUAACGGUGUCGGAGAGGAAGACGGAGAGCUCCUGAUGCGCGCGAAGGACAACCGACUACAACAUCACAGCCCCCCCCGCCUCUACCGCUGACUAUCGAAGCCGCGGGACAGAAAUACGCCCAGACGACCGAGUUCCGGUACCUCGGUGGCCUCGUCAACGAACAUGGUGACCUCACCCGGGAGAUCAACUACGGGAGCAGAGGAGCGUGGGCGUGCCUCUUGCCAUAUGGCCGGGAGCUCUUCGACAGACCGAAAGCGCCAUUCCGACUCAAGAUCCGCCUACUCCAGGCGGAGGCGAUGGAGGCGCUGCUGUAAGGCUGCAUGA